CAGGUUACUAAAUGUCCCUUUGACCCCACAAGCCAACAAGAGAUUUAGAAACCCAUAAUUCAUAAAUGCUUCUUGCUCAUCUACCUUUGAUUUCAUCUUUUCAUAUAUUUUGCUCUUUCACUAAAUGCAAUUCAAACAAAAAUCAGAAAAAAAAGUUAAAAAAAUAAUAAACAAAAAUGGAGGUAUACACUUAUGCAUCCCAUUUUGCACCAUCAUUUUCACAUAUUUCAUGUUUUUCAGUCAGAAAUGUUUUGUUUAAAGUGAAAGAUUUCAUUAGUUCUGCUGUUUCCAUGGUUCUUGGGAAUGUUUUCUCUGCAAUUCUCACCUUCUUCUUUGCAUUAGUAGGGACUUUACUAGGAGCAAUGACAGGGGCUUUAAUAGGGCAAGAGACAGAAAGUGGUUUUGUUAGAGGGGCUGCAAUUGGAGCCAUUUCGGGUGCGGUUUUUUCGAUAGAAGUCUUUGAAUCUUCCCUUAUUUUGUGGAAAUCUGAAGAAUCCAGGAUCUGUUGUUUUCUUUAUUUGAUUGAUGUCAUUGUAAGCUUGUUAAACGGAAGGCUUGUACGCGAACGGAUUGGUCCAGCUAUGUUGAGUGCGGUUCAGAGUCAGAUGGGAGCUAUUGAAACAAGCUUUGAUGAGGUGCAUAACAUAUUUGACAUUGGUGGAUCUAAAGGCUUGACUGAGUAUUCUGUGGAAAAAAUACCUAAAAUCGCCAUUACUUGCGAUAAUGAUGUUGAUGAAUCUGGAGAACGCGUUUCUUGUUCCGUGUGCCUUCAGGAUUUUCAAGUAGGAGAAAUAGUGAGGAGUUUGCCACACUGUCAUCACAUUUUUCACCUACCUUGCAUUGAUGAAUGGCUGGUGAGACAUGGGUCUUGUCCAUUAUGUAGGAGGGAUCUUUAAUUUUUUUUUUCUUAUUGUAUAUUCCCACUUGAGAUUUUCAUUUCAUCUCAAUUUGACUUGUAACGUUUCUUGUAUGCGUUCGUCUUAUUGCAUCAAACAAAUAAAUCAUUAAAAGUUUAAUGGUUUUACUCGCUUUUCUA